AUGCCUCACGGUCGUCCAGUGAAACGGAGACGCCUCUCUCCUCCCGUUGAUGACAGCAAAUCCUCCGAGACUAUAAAGGCAUCCGACCUCUUCGUGCGCGCUGCAGAUUGGGAUCUUGAGCAAGAGUACGAAAAGAAGUCGAGGCAGAAAAAGGCUAAAGAAUCAACGAGACUGCCAAUCAAAACUGCCGAAGGCAGACUUCAAAGGAUAGAAGAGAAGGCACCAAUUGAGAAUGAGGACGACUCGGAUAGUUUCCUGGGAUCUGGCACAGACGAGGAAGACGAGCAGGGCGACACUCCUCCCUCCGAGACAGAGCCCACCGUUCCACAAGUCCCUUUGAAGCAGCAAAUUGUCGCCGCCAAAGAAGAGAUCGCACGGAUUGCUGGCCUGCUGAACGAGGACCCCGAAGAACAUGCGGGCUCCUUCAAAAAGUUGGCACAAGUCUGCAGUCCGACUUCGCCGACUGCGGUGCAAAAACUUGUCCUUGCGGCACAAACAGCGGUCUACAAGGACGUAAUCCCGGGCUACCGGAUACGGUCUUAUAAGGAUGAAGAACUGGGGAGUAAAAUCUCCAAGGACGUGCGACGAACGAGACAAUACGAGCACGCUCUCGUGACAGGGUAUCAAGCAUACGUGAAGCAACUGAGCAGUCUUGCAAAGGCCCGUAAGGGUGAUGCAGAGAUACAGUCCUUGCGGAGUGUGGCGAUCAACUGCGCAUGCACUCUACUCCUCUCCGUACCACACUUCAAUUUCCGGACCGAGCUGCUGAGUAUUCUCGUCCACGAGGUCGCCAGUCGGGAAUCGUCACCCGACUUUAUCAAAUGCGUAGAGACAUUUGAAGAGUUCUUCUCCCACGAUGAAGACGGCGCGCCGUCCCUCGAAGCCGUCAACCUGCUCUCUAAGAUGAUGAAAGCCAAGGACUACCGAGUAAGGGAAGAAGUGCUGAAUACCUUCUUCCAUUUGCGUCUCCUGUCUGAGCUGCCACCACCUGGCUCGAACGACAAAUCGGAUCGGCCAGAACACCCGUCGAAGCUGCACGGACGCAAGGUGAAGCAACAGACCUCACAGCAUAUGACCAAACGCGAACGAAAAUUGCUCAAACAGCGCCGUGAAGUCGAGAAAGACAUGGCCGAAGCCUCUGCGCUCGUAAACCACGAAGAGCGCGAGAAGAUUCAGUCUGAGACGCUAAAAAUGGUGUUUGUCACAUAUUUCCGUAUCUUGAAGGCGAGGGUACCCGAGCUCAUGGGUGCUGUAUUGGAAGGACUAGCCAAAUACGCACAUCUGAUCAAUCAGGAUUUGUUUGGAGAUCUCUUGGAAGCACUGAAGGAGAUUGUGAGCGCAGCUGACGAGGCUGUGAGGGGCGAAUUGGAUCUGGACGGAGUCGAAGGAGAGAGGGCACCGACAAACCUGGACGGCGAGGCGAUCCGCAACAGGAAACGCGAGGGCCUUCUUGCGACACAAACUGCAUUCACGCUGCUCUCCGGCCAGGAGGCUUCCAAGGCCGCCUUAAACUUACAUCUCGACCUGAGUUUCUUCACAGCGCAUACCUACCGCUCACUGUACCCGCUUUCGCUGGAUGCGGACAUUGAACUUGGACCAAAAUCGCUGCGCCUCCCCGAUCCGCACUCGUCGAAAUCAGGAGCAUCAUCAGAGAAAAAUAGAAUCAACAUCUCGACGCCGAUUCUCCUGCUCACGCGCGUGUUGACGUCUAUCCUGCUAACGCCUUCGUCCCCACCACCCACGCAGACGGUGCUAUCGUUCUUCAAACGUCUCCUGACCGUCUCCCUUCAACUCCCUGAGAAAUCCACGAUGGCAGUUCUGAGUUUGAUGGCCAAGAUCGCAGACAAGCACGGCCGCAAGAUUGAGGCCUUGUGGUAUAGCGACGAACGGAAAGGAGACGGAGUAUAUAAGGGAGACAGCGAGAGCGUGGAAGGCACAAAUGCGUUGGGGACUGGUAGUGGUGUUUGGGAGGCAGAGUUGCUAAGGAGGCAUUACUGCCCCAAGAUCAGAGAAUCGGUUCAGAGGAUGGAGGGGGCUAUUAGAGACUUGCACAGAUAG